CUCCUCUCCCUCUCUGUUUAUUGCUUUGUAGAGGAAAGAAGUCAGAUGCUUCGUCCCACCAACCUCAAUUUCUUCAGCUGAAAGACUCUCACUCCAUCAUUACUAGCUACGCGAUUGCUAAUCAUAAAAAGGAUGGAUUUGGGUAGUGGGAGAAGAAGGGAAGGAGUUAGGAGUAGUGUGGUUGCGGGGUCGGUGUGGGAGAGUAGGAUGAAGAGCGACCAAGUGAAAGGUGGGAUCAAGGUUUUUAAUGGAGAGGAAGAAAAUCAAACUACCCUGGAAGAAAAUGGUGGGGUUGAGAGGAGGUUGAAUUCAAAGAGGGGACAGACAAUGAGGGGUGCUGCUGUCGGUGGGAAGAGGAAGACAUGGAAAUCGGAGAGUUUUGAGCCAAUUCAUAUUGCUAAAGGGAAAACUGAGCCACCGGCGGGGAAGAGCCCAAUUCCGGUGACCAAGGAGUUGACUACUGUGUCGGUUGAUGGAAUCAAGAGGAGUCCGGUUCGGGUGAAGAAAGGGAGAUCUGAAGGAAGUAAGGAGAUUAGCAAGUCUGCUGAUGGAAUUGAGAAGAGCCCAAUUAACGUUAGGAGGCUGAGAUCUGAGAUUUCGAAAGGGUCAGCUGAAUUGUCUAAGGAAAUUGUGGAAUCUGAUGAAGGAAUUGAGAAUAAUUCGGUUGAAAAGAAGGAUUUGAUUAAAGUUGUAGAUCAAAGUAGUGGUGAAAAAGAAAGCAGAAGGAAUUCGGUUUUGGAUGACCAAGGGAAGGGAAAUGAGGGGUCUGAUGAAGCAACAGAGAAGAAUGAAUCUGAGGGAAAUUGCAAAGAAUUAGGUGUUUGUGAAGAAAAGGUAAUUUCAAGCAGUGUUAGUGUCAAAAACACAGAUGAAGAUGAAGGUGGGGAUGAAGAGUUUGAUGAAGAGGAUGAAGUGGAAGAGGAGGAGGAAGAAGAAGAAGAAGAGGACGAAAUUGAGGUUGAAAUUGAGAAGAAGAGGAUUGAUAUUAAGGAAAUGAAUGUGCCAGAAGUUCCAGCACAGAAGCCUGAACCAACUGUUGAUGAAGUGAAGAGAAUCAAUCAUUUCAACAACAGAACAUCAUCAUUUUCUUCCCCUGUGAAUAAGCAGCUUCCUCCAGUUGAGAAAAGGGCUACUCCAAUUUACACAAAUCCUCCUUCAAAACCUACCCGUUUCUCAGCUUCAGAUGAUCACCAGAGUUUCCCCCAGACCCACAACAACAAAUUACAGAACUUAGUUGAUAUAGUAAUGUGGAGAGAUAUAUCCAAAUCAGCAUUCAUCUUUGGGAUUGGAACAUUCGUCAUAAUCUCCUCUUCCUACACCCAGAACCUCAACAUCAGCUUUAUCUCUGUGAUUUCCUAUAUGGGGCUUGUUUAUCUUGCUGCCAUCUUCCUGUACAGAUCCAUUAUCUGCAGGGGACUGGUGGAAAUAAAUGAGACAAGCUGUGUGUUGGGGGAAGAAGAAGCAGUAUGGUUACUGAAACUGUUUCUUCCUUACUUGAAUGAGUUCCUGCUAAAGCUCAGGGCACUUUUCUCAGGAGAUCCUGCCACUACCAUGAAGUUGGCAAUGCUGCUGUUUGUUCUGGCCAGGAGUGGCAGCUCCAUAACCAUAUGGAAAAUGGCCAAAUUGGGCUUUUUUGGAGUUUUCACUGUACCAAUAGUCUGCUCUUCCUAUUCCCACCAGUUUACUGCAUACGGUAAAUUUUGGAUUAGACGAUUUCGAGAUGCAUGGGAUUCAUGUACUCACAAGAAAGCAGUGGCAAUGGGCAUCUUCACUCUCGUCUGGAAUUUAUCUUCAACCAUUGCUCGCAUUUGGGCCGCGUUUAUGCUGUUUGUGGCCCUCCGGUACUAUCAGCAAGCAAUGUUGGACGAUUGUGCAUUGGAGGAGGAUGCAAGCCCUGUUGAAGAAACAUUGCAAGGACGGACUGGACACCCUAGACCAGGGCUCAGGCCCACCGUGGUGGAAUCUAACAUGCCCAAUAAACUCAAGAAAGGACUUUAAGAAGACAACACUAUAUUUGAGUCUAGGCCCAUUUGUUGUGCUCUUUUUUGUUUCACCAACAGUAAUCUCUGGCCCAAAAAGAAGUCUUGCCUAGUCCUAGUAGGAUGGUAGUAAUAAUCGUUUUGUUGUUUUUUCCUUAAUUUUUUUUUAUUUUUUAUAGUUAAGUUUUUUCCAUGUAAAUACAUCUUUGGAAUUAUGUGAUACUCACUUAAGGUGAUUAGGUGUAAAUACAAGGUUUUAAUUAAU